UAAUUUUCCGUCUACGUGUUGCUUUCAAGUCCAAAUUGGCAGGAUUUAACUAGUUCUACGAGGAUAUUGUAAUCAUGGAAUUUUCUGGUUGGGAAGAUUUUCCGUCUGAAUUGGAAACAUUGGCAAUUACUGAGAGUUCGACUCCUAAUAAAUUUUCGUCAAAAUGUAUUGUGACACCAAUUGUUACCUCGAGCAACUUUCUCCUCCGGGGAUCAGGGGCUAACUGUUUGGAAAAUGGUUUUGAAGCUGGUUCCCCUGAACCCAUAUCAGAGGAAAUCUUCGAAUAUGGGCGACACGGAAAUCCCACAAGAAAUCAUUACGAGCAAUAUUUUGCUACAUUGGAAGGGUCAAAAUAUGCAUUGGCAUUCGGGUCUGGCGUGGCUGGACUUGGCGCAAUCAUUCUCUCCUUGGAGAAAGGUGACCAUGUCGUGUCAUCCAUUGCCUUGUACGGUGGUUCGACUCUGAUACUACGAGAAGCAGGAAAAUAUGGGAUAACGGUCGACUUUUUUGACACAAUUAAAACCGACGAGAUUAUCAAGCUUAUCAAGCCGAAUACUAAGCUUGUAUAUUUGGAGUCACCUUCCAACCCCGAUCUUCGAAUCUUGGAUAUUGGCGAAAUUUCUAAAAAGGCUCACGACAUCAACUCAAAAAUUGCAGUAGUCGUUGAUAACACAUUUCUGACCCCAAUCCUGCAAGAUUGUCUCAAACUGGGGGCAGAUUUGGUACUCUACUCCACGUCAAAGUAUAUUGGAGGUCAUGCUGAUAUCAUUGGGGGAAUGGUAACUAUGAAUAAACCCGAAUUGUACAAGAGCAUUAAGCGGAGUCAGGAAGUAUGGGGAGGAAUUCCGUCACCCUUUUGCUGCUACUUAGCUAUUCGUAGUCUCAAAACGCUUCAUUUAAGAUUGGAAAAGCAUUCUCGAAAUGCGGUGAAAGUUGCCACAUUUUUGGAUUCUCAUCCCCUCGUUGAGAAAGUCGUUCAUCCUGGACUAAAGUCGCACCCUCAACAUCAACUAGCCAUAAAGCAGCAAAAAGGUCAUUCAGGAAUGAUUGGCUUCUACAUCAAGGGUGGAUUCAAGGAAGCUGCAAAAUUCAUGGAAAGCGUGAAAGUGAUUAAAAGAGCGCCGUCUCUUGGUGCAGACAUCAGCUUGGUCACCAUUCCGGCGAAAAUGAGUCACAUUCAGCUUUCCCAAGAAGAAAGGGAUCGGUUGGGAAUCACGGACAACUUUCUUCGCCUUUCGGUUGGGCUGGAGGGUGCUCAAGCCUUGAUUGAAGACAUUGAUCAGGCCCUCAAGAUAGCUGUGGCGUAAAUAUUGAGAAAAAUUAUUCGGCUCAAAUUUAAACAACUCGUUGUAAAUAUGCAAAUGAUUCAGAAUAUUAAAAUUAAAGCUACAAGAGUUGUCGAAUAUCUGUA